AUGCUGCCGCGCGCCUCAGCACAGGCCCGAGUCCACACCCCUGGAUUGGCAGCAGGCUUCAAGAGCCGGAGGACUCUGUACCCGCUCGCCAGGUGCUUCUCUGUUGCCGCCAGUCCCCGACGCCUCUAUUUGAGCAGCGAAGCAUCGCCGAGAGCCGGUGGCUAUUCCCGGCCCCGACCCCGCAGUGCCACAAAACUGGAGAAAUCCUUACCAUCUCGGCGGUCAAAACUGAGCUCCUGGAGUCAACCCCAGAUUCGAGCCGUCGCUACAAGAUCUCGUCCCGGCUCAGCUGCUGCGCCAGGUGUAAACUCGCCCAUCGACCGACAGAAGUCGACGACACCAGCUACCACCAACACUACUAUACUGCGAGGUGCCUCGACUAACACCAGUGCCGCAUCUUCGCCGUCAGACAACAAGAUGUAUACUACUUCUUUCGCCUUCUUCGAGGCGAUAUGGGAGGCGGGCGUCACGCACUGCUUCGUCAACCUCGGCUCGGACCACCCCAGCAUCAUCGAGGCCAUGACCAAGGGCCAGCGCGAGAAGAAGGGCAACUUCCCUCGCAUCAUCACCUGCCCCAACGAGAUGGUCGCCAUGUCCAUGGCCGACGGCUACGCCCGCCAGUCGGGCAAGCCCCAGGCCGUCAUCGUGCACGUCGACGUCGGCACGCAGGGCCUCGGCGCGGCCGUGCACAACGCGUCGAUGGGCCGCGCGCCGGUCCUGCUGUUCGCGGGCCUGUCGCCCUUCACGCAGGAGGGCGAGAUGCGCGGCUCGCGCACCGAGUGGAUCCACUGGGUGCAGGACGUCCCCGACCAGAAGCAGAUCGUCUCGCAGUACUGCCGGUACGCGGCCGAGCUCAAGACGGGCAAGAACGUCAAGCAGAUGGUCAACCGGGCGCUGCAGUUCGCGCGCAGCGCCCCCGCGGGGCCCGCGUACCUCUGCGGCGCGCGCGAGGUCAUGGAGGAGGACGUCGAGCCGUACUCGCUCGACCAGUCGCUCUGGGAGCCCGUCGAGCUGGGCGGGCUGCCGGCGCGGGCGGUGCGGGACGUCGCCGAGGCGCUGCUGGCGGCCGAGGAGCCGCUCGUCGUGACGGGGUACGCGGGCCGCAACCGCGCGUUCCCGCCGGCCCUGGUCGAGCUGUGCGACACCGUCAAGGGGCUGCGCGUGCUGGACACGGGCGGCAGCGACAUGUGCUUCCCGGCCGACCACCCGGGCUGGCUGGGCGUCAAGUACGGCAGCGACCCGGCCAUCCGGACGGCGGACGCGAUCCUCGUCGUCGACUGCGACGUGCCCUGGAUCCCGACGCAGUGCCGCCCGCGCGCCGACGCCCGGAUCUUCCACGUCGACAGCGACCCGCUCAAGCAGAUGAUGCCGCUGCACUACAUGGCGGCGCAGAAGCGGUGGAAGGCCGACGGCCUGACGGCCGUGGAGCAGGUGACGGCGUACCUCAAGGGCAGCAGCGCGGCGCAGGCGCGGCUCGCGGGCGACGCCUACGCGCGGCGGUGGGCCGCGCUGCAGGAGUCGCACCGGCGCAAGCUCGCCGAGAUCGAGGCCAAGACCAGGCCCGCGGACGACGGCUCGUUCGGCGCGGGCCACCUGAGCAGGACCCUCAGGGAGCUGUGCCCGCGCGACACGAUCUGGUCGAUCGAGGCGGUGACGUGCACGGGGUUCGUGCACGACAACAUCCAGGCGACGCUGCCGGGCCACUGGAUCAACUGCGGCGGCGGCGGGCUCGGCUGGUCCGGCGGCGGCACGCUGGGCAUCAAGCUGGCGACCGACGCCGAGCACGGCGGGCACGGCAGGGGCAAGUUUGUGUGCCAGAUCGUCGGCGACGGCACGUACCUGUUCUCCGUGCCGGGCAGCGUCUACUGGAUCGCGAGGCGUCGUAACAUCGCAGGUCUAGCUAACCGACGCAUCCUUCCUCCAGGGUGGAACGCGCCUAGAAAGUCGCUGCUCCUGGUCCACCCCGACGGCGAGGGGUCCAGGGCCAGCAACGAGGAGAUCAACAUCUCGUUUGAGCCGUCGCCGGACUACGCGGGCAUCGCCAAGGCGGCGGCGGGCGGCGACCUGCACGCGGCGCGGGUGGACAACGCGGCGGACCUGGAGCGCGUGCUCAAGGAGGCCAUCGCCGUGGUGGAGGGCGGGCAGAGUGCCGUUAUCGAUGUCAAGGUCAUGAACGGCUGUUAG